UGGUGGUGGUUGGUGGUGGUAGUGUCAUCGUUGUCAUCAUCGUCAUCGUCAUCGUCAUCGUAGUAGUUGUCGUCGUCGGUUCUGGCCGUGGAUCCGAAUUCGCGAAUUCGGUGGAGCGCGCGCGCGCGCGCGCACACGCAUACGAAAACGCGAAAUAUUACCGAUCGUUGUUGUUAAUAAUAAUAUGGCGUACAAGUAUCGCGAGGAGAUCGUGGGAAAGAGGUUCCUAUCGGUUAGUGGUUUCACCAAGCUUAAGGUGAAUAAAAUCAUUGAGUGGGGGUGGCGGGCGGGGGUGAUACGUGCCGCCAGUCACAGGGAUAACGACUGUCACGAUCUUCAGAUCCUUGUAGAAUACGACGACGUUGAAUGGCAAAGACGCGAGUGGUUAUCCCCACACAGGGAUGCAGUAUUUUCUUUUUUUCUCGUUGAAAAGGGCCUAUGUUGGGCCGAACGUGCUGAUCCAAGACACGCCAGUCUCAUCGCCAUCGAUCAUCACAAUAACGCUAACAAUAAUCAUCAUCAUAAUAAUCAUCAUCAUCAUAAUAAUCAUCAUCAUCAUCAUCAUCAUCAUCAUCAUCGUAUCAACGGGAAACCACUCAGAGGUUCAACCGCUACUCCCAACACCGUUGCUUGGCCUGCACUCACAUUUUAUCCUCUCGUGGCACGUGCCGAACUUCCGGAAGACGCAAUGCCGAUAGAAUUUAUGCAAGACCGGAGACUGGACUUCGUUGAUUAUUCCAAAUUAAAACCGUUCACCCAGGAAUGGGAGUUAACGAAGGGUAGCUUGCCCUGGGUCGGUGCUGUCCGAAGAUGGGCAGAAAUGCAGGACGGUCAGAGGAUCCUUUUGACGACACCAAGUGUCCUUGUUGGGUUCCGUGUCGAGGUUUAUCGUGCGGAAGGUACGACACAGUGGUACACUGCUGUUAUAGUUGGAUACAACGAAUCUACAAAGGAUUUGACUGUAACCGACGACACUGUAUUAGAAGAUCACAAUGAGGAUCCUAGUUUGGUACAAAUGCGUUUGAUCGGAGAUGGAGUCGUGGAGAGUAUCAUGAGGGGCGAGGUCGUCGGAAUGACACCAAGGAGGUCGAGGUCAUCGACUGCUCUGACGCACGCACUGGUCGUGGUGAGUGAAAUCCAAUUUCAUUCUAUUAUUAAACUUGUCACAAGGCUGGUAAUAAUGAUGAUGAUAACAUCAACGAGAGUUAGAGAAAGAGAGAGAGAUGGAGGGAAAGGAUGGGGGGGAGAACGCAGGGGAACAGGGGGGGGCUGGUGGUGGUGGUGGUGGUGGUGGUAG